CAGAGAGCAGUCAUAUACAAACAGUGUGUGAAAGAGGAGUCAUUAACAAAUACCCCGUACACAAUAGCUGUACACAUAGACUUCAUACUUCAGCAGCGUGUAAUAUAAAUAUAGAGGGCAUUUUUUCACAGAAUGCAGUGUUUUUAGUAUGAAAGUAUAGCGAUUCAGAUAAGUGUACUGGAGCAACAAAGUGAAGAAUCUGACAGAGGAACUUUACGAACAAGUUAAACUACAAGAGAAAAGUGGAAAAGGACAUAAGCAAAGGAAUAUUAAAAAAAAAAAAAAAUUGAAGACUUUAAAUUUGGAUUAAAAAUGCGUAAACAAUUGAAAACAUGCAUGCAUGGAUGAUAUCAAGAACAAAAAAAAGCCAGUUAGAAGAUUGGCAGGAUUGCAAGCAAAGCGAAAUGUUGCCCGGUCAAAUUGUGGCUCCACUGUGGUGUGACGGCUCCUCGUCCCCGGCGGAUCCGGAGAGCGGAGUCUCUACCGCGGGAGGAGGCGGCAGUGGAUCCGCUACUCCCCCGCAGGGUCCCAAAGCCGGUAGGCUGAAGAGGAUGGUGCGGCUGGUUGCAGAGCUUCUCUUACUGUUAGGGCUUCUCCUCCUAAUUUUACACAUUACUGUGCUCCGGAGCAGCCCUUUGAAUCAAGGAAAUGUGACUUACAGCAGCAAGCAAGACAUCGUGCUUACGGAGAACAAUCUAAAUGACGAGCGUGCAGCAUUGUCUUCGAAGUCUACCCUUGGUUCUCCUGGGGAACGGCAGACUUUUCACAAGAACAGGGCUGCACACAGACCAUUUCCGAAGCACAGCUUGCAGCCGGACAACGGGGGCACAUCCGUACAGAGGGACGGACCUGGAUCCUUUGUACUAGACCUCCACAACUUCCCCGACCUGUCCAAAACAGAUAUAAAUGGACAGAACCCAAAUAUUCAAGUGACAAUCGAGGUGGUGGAUGGGCCGGAUGCAGAGCCCGAGAAGGAGCUGCGGAAGGAGCCCAGCUGGCCCUCGCCAGACUGGAGGAACUGGUGGCAGAGAUCGGCCACCACCGCCCGCCACACUGACAGCCAGCAGGACUACAACUAUGACGCCAACACGGAAGACAGCAACUUCCUGAAACCAGUGGGGGGCUGGGACCGGCGUGGUGGACACAACCAAAGGAGCUUUGAGGCCAAGGGGCAGCACGAGUAUGAUUACAUUGAUGGGGAAGGGGACUGGAGCCCCUGGUCCAUCUGCAGUGUCACCUGUGGAAACGGUAACCAGAAGCGCACACGGUCCUGCGGUUACGCUUGCACAGCUACUGAAUCUCGCACAUGUGAUAUGCCCAGUUGUCCUGGAAUUGAAGAUACUUUCAGGACUGCAGCUACCGAAGUAGGUCUACUAGCAGGAACUGAUGACUUCAAUGCUACUGAGCUGUUUGGAGUUGACACCGACAGCUGUGAGAGGUGGAUGAACUGUAAAAGCAAAUUCCUGAAGAAGUACAUGCUCAAAGUGUCAAGCGACCUUCCCAGCUGCCCUUGCACCUACCCCACUGAGGUGGCCUACAGCACCGCGGACAUCUACGACCAUGGCAUGAGCAAAGAUUUCCGCUGGAAGGACGCCAGUGGCCCCAAGGAGAAGCUGGAGAUCUACAAGCCCACGGCGCGCUACUGCAUCCGAUCCAUGCUGACCUUGGAGAGCACAACCCUGGCUGCCCAGCACUGUUGCUAUGAUGACAGCAUGAAGCUCAUCACCAGAGGCAAAGGGGCUGGUGCUCCCAAUCUCAUCAGCACCGAGUUUUCAGCCGACCUGCAUUACAAAGUGGACAUCUUGCCAUGGAUUAUCUGUAAAGGUGACUGGAGCCGAUAUAACGAGGUCAGGCCCCCGAAUAACGGACAGAAAUGUGUUGAAAACCCAUUAGAGGAGGACUACUAUAAACAGUUUCAAGAAGCCAGGGAAUUCUAAUGGUAUUGGUAAUCUAUCCUUAUACCCAAUUACCCAAAUCCCACCAACCCUGAUCUUUACAGAUCAAGAAUCCAUUUUGAAGAAAGUUUCUGAAACAGGGUUCAACCACUUUAUUUCCACUAGACUUGCUGUUAAAGGUUUGUGUGAAGAAUACAGUGUAAUUAGAACUGACCUCAAUUUUAUCUCCCACAAAGGCUUAAUUAUGCCUGGUGCCAGAUACUCGGACACACCGGACUGCCGUACAUUUAUCCUGUAUAAUUUCAAUUCCAGCAGAAGUACAAAGGAUAGUUUUGUGACAAUAAUGAAGUACAGUUGGCUUCUUCAUUUUCUAAUAUUGCGAAUUUAGCAACAUCUUUCAAUCUAAAACUGUUGAGAUAUUGUUUUGCAAAAUUGUGUUUUUGUUUGGUCUGUCAUUCAGUAUCGGGCUUCAAAGAGAAUGGGCAGUAAUUUCUGUUGCACACGGGGGGGGAAUACAAGAAGAUCUUUUCUGAUGACAAUUCUUGGUUCCGUCUGUUAAGUAAAAUGUAUAUUUUGGAACAAUUAUUGGUCGACAAAAAUGGAAAAAGACAAACAACGCAAAACCACCAGUGACUUGGCACUGGGCUGGUGUUUCACUUGCAAAAAGGACUGAUGCAAGUGCAAUAUGCUUUAAAGUCUCCUGUUCUUUCAAACACAGGCAAUCAAAGGGAAGCAAAAAUGCAUUUAAUCUAAUUUUCAACAAAAGGGACUGGGUGCAGAGUCCAACCGCAGCAUUCAAAGUAUUUCUGUGGAUGGGAAUCAUUUACAGGGACUCAAACCAUGAACAGAGGAAGUGGCACUUUUGAUAUUUUAAGAGCUUGAAUUUGUUUCCCAUAUUUGUGUGGUUACAAUGUUCAGGUCCCCCCCUCCUUCUUGUUUAUUUAGCAUGUACCGAAUACUAAGAAUAUGCUAAAGAGUCCUAUUGUUUUUUUUACGGCUUCUUUUGGUCCUGAAGAUUUUUAUUGAUGUAUAAAAAAGGGGGAAAAAAAGUCUGCAUUAUUUUUGUAAAGUAUUUAUUAUUUUGUAGCUGCAGCCCACACACUGGGUGUUUUUAUGUGGUCUGCAUUUGUUGGUCACUAGUUGGUAUAAGCAAAAGGGAUGCCUGUGCACUGUACCCAAAGGCCUCUCUGAAAAAUGAACGUAUAAAUAAAAAUAUAAAUUAAAUUUGAA